GGUAAAAUCUUCAGAGACUGACCUGAAGCUUGUCUUUCAGUUUCGAUUCUCCUACAGCUCCGCCUGCACCGCUGUUCCUUCCCAUCUAGUCAACAUUACCAUAACGAACCUACACACGGAAACACAAGAACUACAGACUCCGAAUAUGCUCAUCAUUUUCUUUCUAUGUUCUCUUUUGGACUCAUGAUGUUUACAGCUAUAAUCUCUCUGCUCUGCUUCUCUCUGUCUGCUUCAGCUGGUAAAGUUCCCUCACCUCAGAAUGUAAGAGUUAAAUCAUUCAACAUGGGACUUGUUUUGGAAUGGGAUCCACCACAGAAAGCCCCAGGAAACAUCUCCCAAGGUGGAGACUACAGAUAUACAACUGAGUACAAAGGAUGGCAUUUAUUUGAUACUGCUUGUGUGAACAUCUCAUCACUCAGCUGCGAUUUUACCAAUCUCGUCACCCCUUUUGUAAUAUUCAUGCUCCGCGUACGAGCAGAACUGAAUGGAGAAAGCUCUGACUGGGUAGAGACAGAACAGAUGAGUUUGGAAGAGAAAUCUAUAAUUGGUGCUCCAGAUGUGAGGCUGCAGAGCAGAAGUGUAGGGAUUGAGGUUGACAUCACGGAACCUGUUCUAAAAAAAAGUAACCUUAAGGAAAUCUUUUCACCUAUUUCAUUCCGCAUCCUUUACUGGAGCACUGCAGAGGACAAGAAGGAAAUGUUGGUGGAUCAAAGCAGCGUGAUGCUCACAAAUCUUAAACCAAAUGUGCAGUAUUGUGUGCAAGCACAGAUCAUUCUGGAUAAUCGCACAAGCCUGAUGAGUAACGUAUCCUGUAAAAUCACUAGUCCCAAUGAUCAGGUGAACUUAUGGCAGAUAAUGCUGGCGGUGGUGGUCAGUUUUCUGGUAACCGCGGCUUUUGCCCUUCUGAUUGCUUUUGCUGCGUGGUCUAGCUACAGAGGGAUCCGAUAUUUACACCCACGAGCCAAAUUACCAGAGCACUUUAAACAGUACUUGUUGGAGCGCCCUAAGUCACCCAUGCUGCUGGCCAUGCAGAACAUCACUCAACCCAAAGAGCUUUAUUACCAGAUCUCAAUUAUCACAGCUCCGGAAACUCCUGAAUGCAUGUAGAAAGCUCCAAACUGACUCCACUUAAUGCAGAUAAUAGGAGGAAAAAGAGAGCUGGACUUUCUAUGCAGGAAUCAGGAACUCUGACAGGCUGAACUGUGACAACGUUUACAAUGGAAGCCCAUCGGAGAAUGCAGACAGAGAGCUACUUCUGCAAUAGUUAAGUUCAUACAUACACUAUAUGGCCAAAAUGAUGUAGACAGCUGUGAAUAAGCUUGUUUGUAAUACCUUUCCAAAAUAGUGAACAUUAAUAUGGAGUUGCCCUCCUUGUGUCUAUAACAACAAACCCUUGUCUUGAAAGGCUUUACACAAGAUUUUGGAGUGUGU